UCAGAUUUAGAACACAUGCUUCUGCACGCUUCUACAAGGGCAGUAAAUUCAAGGAAAAUAUCACAGAAUUGGAUUAAAGCUUUCAGCAACUAGAAACCUGUGCCUGUUGAGUAGAAUUUCAGCAGCAAAAAGAAAAAGACUUAUUUCUCAAAGACGGAAUACAGACUCUUAUGAAUAUUCUUCUGUACAGAUCACAGCAUUCAAGGGUUGAACACUAGCUUAUGAAUUUAACAAAACCUUGAAUGGGAAUCUCUGAGGUCUGUGAUUGCUUCUUUUCGAUAUUUGAAUUCUUCAGUAAAUUUCCACACUUAUCAGUUUUCUCCUUGCUGAGAAUCUAAGUUGUGUGAUUACAAGCUCAACUCAUGUGCAAGUGUAAACCUAUGUCUGCUGCCUGUCAGGAUUCAAAAAGCUGAAUUUUCUUUUCUAAGGAAAUGUAAUACCUGUCUGACUGGUCCUGCUACAGAAUAUAUAUAUAUAUAUUGGAGUUCUAAAUAACACAAUGAAGACACACUGCUGUAUCAUUAUGCACCUAUUGGCGGUUUCGUUUGUACGACUAAUGCAAGGGGCAGAGUAUGAUCAUGACACUCAACAGAGCAGGGAAGCCUUGGAGCACAGGAUUAGAUCUACCUCGAAUCUGGAGGAGCUGCUGCAGACCACUCACUACGAGGACUGGAAGCUGUGGAAGUGCAGACUGAAACUCAAGGAGCUCGCGACCAAGAACCAUUCCCCCUUGCUGACCUCUCACCGCUCGACGCGGUAUGCUGCUGCCGUCUAUGACCUGGAAAUUCUGAAAGCCAUUGAUGAUGAGUGGCAGAAAAUCCAGUGCACGCCCCGGGAGACCUGCGUAGAUGUUGCCAAGGAGCUGAUCACUAACACAAACGUGUUCUUCAAGCCACCUUGUGUGUCUGUCUUCAGGUGUGGUGGAUGCUGCAGUGAAGAAAGUCUGUCAUGCAGAAACACGAGUGUCUCCUACAUCACUAAAACACUCUUUCAGAUAUCCAUUCCACUGACAUACAUGCCACAGCCUGUGACCUUAGGAGUAGCCAAUCACACAGCCUGCAAGUGUAUGCCACCUACAGUGAUCCGAAGACAUGCUCCCCACCACCACAGAGGCAACAGUUGCCACCAUUCACCAAAACCAUGUAAUAAUGUUGAGUUCUGGGACAGUACAACAUGUCAGUGCGUGCCAUACCCACAGAGGAGGAUGAGAGCAGAACUUUCUCCGAUCGCAGAGUUGGCAGUCUGUGGACCCUUUUCGGUGUUUGAUGAAGAUUUGUGUGAAUGUGUCUGCAGACGAGAAUGCCCCGUAAACUACUCCAUGAACUUUGGGAACUGUACCUGCCAGUGUUCUGAGAGCUCGGAGACCUGUGCCCAAAAAGACAAACUUUUCGACCCAGAGUCUUGCAGCUGUAGGUGGGAGAGGGAGUGCCCAGUAAAACACUGUCAACCUGGAAGGUCUAACAAGCUGAAAAACUGCCACUGUGUCCGGGAGAGAAAGCACCGCAACCCCUGAAACAGGGAAAGACUGAGCUAACUCUCUUCAGAGCACUGCUUCAUAAGCUUCACUUAAUUUAUUAAUGUGUUUACAUUAUUAUCAUUAUAACAAAAUGUACACCUAACCUAACUCUUAAUCCCCUUACAUGCAAUAUUAACAUAUGACUGUUGUAUGACUGUUGCGCAUCCAUUAAGUAAGCACUGAACAUUUAACCUGCUGUUUAAAGUUAUGAUAUUUUUGUAUUUUUUUUUGUAUGUGUUUAAAAUGUCUUUUAUGAAAAACAUUAUUUGUGUGAUAUUUAACAAUAUAUAGAUAUAUAGUAUAUAAAUGAACAAUAAGUGUUAGUGUUUCGACGUAUGGUAUUUAAAAAAAAAAAAAUAACCAUGUAUGUUUCAAGGGUCAACUACCCUGCUGGGAUAAGCCACAA